GGCACAGUUCCUGGGCCACAACCUCCAGCGGGGCUGCCCUUUCUUUGUCGUACAUAGUCCCUAGUCUGGUUCCCUAAUAAAUGCCUCUGGCCACAGGGGGGAGUGACCUCGACAAGCCCAUGCCUACAGGAGGCACAGCCAGGGAAGGGAGGUAGAGUGAGCCCGCUGCCGCUGCCGCCGCCGCCACAGAGGACAGGGACACUGCUUCCCGCUGCCUCCUAGUCCCCCAGGGAGCCACGACAGCGACAGCGCGCAGCGGGGACAGAGAACUGACACUGUGGGCAGUGGCAGUGCGCGGCAGGACAAGGGCCAUGCUCCUAGUCUGCCCGCGCCUCUGCUUCCUGGUGGUCCUGAGCACCAGCUGGGCGGGCUGGGGCAGCCACCGGGCCGAGGCAGCGCGGCUAAGGCAGUUUUACGUGGCUGCUCAGGGCAUCCUCUGGAACUACCAUCCUGAGCCCAAAGACCCAAGUUUGAAUUCUAUACCAUCCUUCAAGAAAAUUGUCUACAGAGAGUAUGAGCCAUAUUUUAAGAAAGAAAAACCACGGUCUAGCAUCUCAGGACUUCUUGGACCUACUUUAUAUGCUGAAGUUGGAGACAUCAUGAAAGUUCACUUCAAAAAUAAAGCAGACAAACCCGUAAGCCUCCAUCCUCAAGGAAUUAAAUACAGCAAAUUUUCAGAAGGGGCUUCGUAUCCUGACCACACAUUCCCAGCGGAGAGGAUGGAUGAUGUUGUGGCUCCUGGAGGAGAGUACACCUACGUGUGGGUCAUCACUGAGGACAGCGGGCCCACACCCGAUGACCCUCCAUGCCUCACCCACAUCUACUACUCCCAUGAAAACCUGACCCAGGAUUUCAACUCGGGGCUGAUUGGACCUCUGCUUAUCUGUAAGAAAGGCACACUCACUGAGGAUGGGACUCAGAAGAUGUUCGACAAGCAACACGUGCUGCUGUUUGCUGUGUUUGACGAAAGCAAGAGCUGGAGCCAGUCACCAUCCCUAAUGUACACAGUCAAUGGCUUUGUGAACAGGACGAUGCCAGAUAUAACAGUCUGUGCCCAUGACCAUGUCAGCUGGCAUCUGAUUGGAAUGAGCUCGGGGCCAGAGUUGUUCUCUAUUCACUUCAAUGGCCAAGUCCUGGAACAGAACCAGCACAAGGUGUCCACCAUCACGCUGGUCAGUGCUACGUCUACGACCGCGAACAUGACUGUGAGCCCAGAAGGAAAGUGGAUUGUGUCUUCUCUCAUCCCAAAGCAUUAUCAAGCUGGGAUGCAGGCUUACAUUGACAUUAAAAACUGCCUGAAGAAAACCAGGAAUCCCAAGACCCUCACUCGAGAGCAGAGGCGACACAUGAAGAGAUGGGAGUACUUCAUUGCGGCAGAGGAAGUCAUCUGGAACUAUGCACCCGUGAUCCCUGCAAAUAUGGACAAGAAAUACAGGUCUUUGCACUUGGAUAAUUUCUCCAAUCAAAUUGGAAAACAGUAUAAGAAAGUUAUUUACAGGCAGUAUGAAGAAGAGACCUUCACCAAACGCACGGAGAAUUCCGGUUUCAAACAAAGUGGGAUUUUGGGCCCUAUUAUCAGAGCCCAGGUCAGGGACACACUCAAGAUUGUGUUCAAAAAUAUGGCCAGCCGACCCUAUAGCAUUUACCCUCAUGGAGUGACAUUCUCUCCUUAUGAAGAUGGAGUCAACUCUUCCUCCACCUCAGGCAGUCACACCAUGAUCAGACCAGUUCAACCAGGGGAAACUUACACUUACAAAUGGAACAUUCUAGAGUUUGACGAACCCACCGAAAAUGACGCCCAGUGCCUAACAAGGCCUUACUACAGUGAUGUGGAUGUUACCAAGGACCUCGCCUCUGGACUAAUAGGUCUGCUUCUAAUCUGUAAGAGCAGGUCCCUGGACCAGAGAGGCAUACAGAGGACAGCAGACAUUGAGCAGCAGGCCGUGUUUGCUGUGUUUGAUGAGAACAAGAGCUGGUACAUUGAGGACAACAUCAACAAGUUUUGUGAAAAUCCUGACGAGGUGAAACGCGAUGACCCCAAGUUUUAUGAAUCAAAUAUCAUGAGCACUAUCAAUGGCUACGUGCCUGAGAGUAUCUCCACUCUGGGAUUCUGUUUUGAUGACACUGUCCAAUGGCACUUCUGCAGCGUGGGAACUUACGACGGUAUCUUGACCAUCCACUUCACUGGACACUCAUUCAUCUAUGGAAAGAGGCACGAGGACACAUUGACCCUGUUCCCCAUGCGUGGCGAAUCCGUGACUGUCACAAUGGAUAAUGUUGGAACAUGGAUGUUAACUACCAUGAAUUCCAAUCCAAGACACAAAAACCUAAGGCUGAGAUUCAGGGAUGUUAAAUGUAUCCGGAAUGAUGAUGAUGAAGACUCAUAUGAGAUUUAUGAACCUUUGGCACCUACCUCCAUGACAACCCGGAAAAUUCAUGAAUCUUCAGAAAAUGAGUUUGGCAUAGACAGUGAAGAUUAUGAUUACCAGUCUAUACUGGCUUCAUCACUAGGAAUUAGGUCAUUCAGAAACUCAUCAUUGACUCAGGAGGAAAAUGAGUUCAAUCUUACUGCUCUUGCUCUAGAGAACAGCUCCGAGUUCAUCUCUCCAAGAACAGACAGAGUUAAUGACUCAAAAUCUUCCCCAAGAAACUUUAGUGGGAUCCCUGCUAAUGACCUCGAAGAAUCUCAAAGAACCCUUCCUGGCUCAGGAGCCGCCGUGACUGGUACCCUCCUGAAGGACCUCACCAGCUUAGAUGAGAACUCAGUUCUCAACCCUUCCACAGAACAUCAUUCCAGCUCAUAUUAUGAAAAUGAGAUGAAUGAUUCACAAUCAGACAUCACGGUGGUUCACCUACUUCCUCUUGGAGCAAAAGGAUUGGUGAGCCAAGAACAGGCUAAGCAUAAAACAGCCAAGAGGGAAAGACUCCAUCUGAUGAAGCAUAGGUUCCCCCAGAUGAAAUCACCAGCCCGUAAAACUGCGAGGCAUGCAAACCCAAAGAAUACUUACCCCAGAACCAGGUCCAGGGAGGACAUUCCUAGUGAUUUGUUCCUCUUAAAACAAAAGAACACAUCCAAUUUCUUGGAUAGGGAAUGGUAUUUGGCUUCUGAAAAGGGUAGUUAUGAAAUAAUACCAGCAAAUGGUGAAGACACAGCUGUGGAUAAGUCACCAGACAACCCUCAAAAUCAGAACAUCUCAAUGACUUUGGGCAAUAGCACCUCCCCUACAAAAAUAACAGGAAAGCCAGGUGACUUCCCAGUGUUUCCUGGAGUUAGACAUAAAUCUCCACAAGUCAGACAGGAGGAAGGAAACAGUGACUUAAAGAAAAGACAGUUGUUCAUCAGGACACGAAAGAAGAAGAAGGAUAAGAAGGUUGCAUCCCAUAGCCCUCUAUCUCCAAGGGGCUUUCAUCCCCUGAGAGAUGCCAAGCCUACAUUUUUAGACCAGAGACUUAAUCACUCACUGUUACCCUACAAUCCCAAUGAAACAACUCUUGCCAUAGACCUGAAUCAGACCUCCCCUUCAACGAAUAUUGACAGGUCACUUCCUGACCAUAAUCAGAGCUCCCCACAUGACCCCGGGCAGAUAACCUCUUUAGAUCUGUAUCAGUCAGUGCCCCCAGAGGGACACUCUCCAACAUUUCAUGUCCAGGAUCCUGAUCAAGUACACUCUACCACAGACCCUAGUCACAGAUCCCCUUUUCCAGAGCCCAGCCAGGGGCUUGAUUAUGACCUAAGCCAUGAAUCCUACCCUGAAGACAUUGGUCAAACAGCCUUCUUUCCAGACCAAAGUCAAAAGUCUCUCUCUUCAGAAGAUGGCCAAACAAUUCCAUCCUCAGACUUAAGCCUCUUUGGCAUCUCUCCAGAGUUGGAUCAAAUAAUUAUUUCUCCAGACUUGGGUCAGGUGGCCCUUUCUCCAGAUGACAACCAGAUGACCUCCCCUGAGGACCUGGGUCAGGUGGCCCUUUCUCCAGAUGACAACCAGAUGACCUCCCCUGAGGACCUGGGUCAGGUGGCUCUUUCUCCAGAUGACAACCAGGAGGCCUCCUCCCCAGACCUGGGUCAGGUGCCACUUUCUCCAGAUGACAGCCAGGAGGCCUCCUCCCCAGACCUGGGUCAGGUGCCACUUUCUCCAGAUGACAACCAGGAGGCCUCCUCCCCAGACCUUAGCCUCUUGACUCUUCCUCCAGAAUAUGAUCAGACAGUCCUUUCUCCAGAUUUCAAUCAGAUGACCCUCUCUCCAGACUUUGAUGAGAUAAUCCUAUCACAGGACCUCAGUCAGGUGACCCUCUCUCCAGACCUCAUCCAGACAAGCCCCCCUCUUAACCACAGGCAAAAAACAGCCUCUUCAGAUCCUGGUCAAGCAUCCUACCCUUCAGAUUCUGGUCAGUUUUCACCCCUUCCAGAACUAAACCAGACUCUUCCCCAUCCAGAUCUCAUUCACAUACCUUCUCCUUUACCAUCACCCACACUCAAUAGCACUUCUAUGUCAAAGGAGUUCAACCCUCUUGUUGUAGUAGGUCUCAGUAGAGUCGAUGGAGAUGACGUUGAAAUUAUUCCAGAUGAACAGCUAGAAAGCAUUGACGAUGAUUAUGCUGAAGAUUACUAUGUAUCCUAUAAUGACCCCUACAAGACAGACACCAGGACAAAUAUUAACUCCUCCAGAAAUCCUGAUACUAUUGCAGCGUGGUACCUCCGCGGCCAUCGUGGAAACAAACAAUACUAUUUUAUUGCUGCGGAAGAAAUAUCCUGGGAUUAUGCAAAAUUUGCCCAAAGUGAAAUGGACAAUGAAGACACUGAUGGCAUUCCAAAGGACACCACAUACAAGAAAGUUGUUUUCAGAAAAUACCUUGACAGUACUUUCACCAGACGUGAUCUUCAAGGGGAAUAUGAGGAGCAUCUUGGUAUUCUGGGUCCUGUUAUCCGAGCUGAAGUGGGCGAUGUGAUCCAAGUUCGCUUUAAAAAUUUAGCAUCCAGACCAUAUUCUCUUCAUGCUCAUGGACUUUCCUAUGAAAAGUCCUCUGAGGGAAAGACUUAUGAAGAUGACUCUCCUGAAUGGUUUCAGGAAGACAAUGCUGUCCAGCCCAAUAGCAGUUAUACGUAUGUGUGGCAUGCCACUGAACGUUCUGGCCCAGAGAACCCUGGCUCUGCAUGCCGGGCUUGGGCCUACUACUCUGCAGUCAAUGUGGAGAAAGACAUCCACUCGGGCUUGAUUGGCCCCCUUCUGAUCUGCCGGAAAGGAACACUUCACCCAGAGAGCAACCUGCCUAUGGACAUGAGGGAAUUUGUCUUACUCUUUAUGGUCUUUGAUGAAAAGAAGAGUUGGUACUAUGAAAAGUCCAAUAGGUCAUGGAGAAUUGAAUCUCCAGAAGUGAAGAAUUCUCAUGAGUUUUAUGCCAUUAAUGGGAUGAUCUACAACCUGCCUGGCCUGAGAAUGUACGAGCAAGAGUGGGUGAGGCUCCACCUCCUGAACAUGGGCGGCUCCCAAGACAUUCAUGUGGUUCACUUCCAUGGCCAGACCCUGCUGGAUAAUAGCACCAAACAGCACCAGUUAGGGGUCUGGCCCCUUCUGCCUGGUUCAUUUAAAACUCUUGAAAUGAAGGCAUCAAAGCCUGGCUGGUGGCUCCUGGACACGGAGGUUGGAGAAAACCAGAUAGCGGGCAUGCAAACGCCCUUUCUCAUCAUAGACAAAGAGUGUAAGAUGCCAACGGGACUGAGCACGGGUAUCAUAUCUGAUUCACAGAUCAAGGCUUCAGGACAUCUAAGUUAUUGGGAGCCCAAAUUAGCACGAUUAAACAAUGGUGGCUCAUACAAUGCUUGGAGUAUAGAAAAAUCUGCAUUAGACUUUGCCUUUCAAUCUUGGAUCCAGGUGGACAUGCAGAAGGAAGUUGUAGUCACAGGGAUACAAACCCAAGGUGCUAAACACUACCUGAAGUCUUGCUUUAUCACGGAAUUCCAUGUGGCUUACAGCUCUGACCAAACCAGCUGGCAGAUCUUCAGAGGGAACAGCACAAAGAACGUGAUGGAUUUUGCUGGCAAUUCAGAUGCCUCUACAAUAAAGGAGAAUCGGUUGGACCCACCUAUUGUUGCUAGAUACAUUAGGAUACACCCAAUAAAGUCCUAUAAUAGACCCGCCCUUCGGUUAGAGCUGCAAGGCUGUGAAGUGAAUGGAUGUUCCACACCACUGGGCCUGGAAGAUGGAAGGAUAGAAAACAAGCAAAUCACUGCAUCUUCAUUUAAAAAGUCAUGGUGGGGAGACUUCUGGGAUCCCUUCCGUGCCCGCCUGAAUGCCCAGGGCCGUGUGAAUGCCUGGCAAGCCAAGGCAAAUAACAACAAACAGUGGUUACAAGUCGAUCUGCUCAAAGUCAAGAAGAUAACUGCCAUUGUCACACAGGGCUGUAAGUCUCUGUCCUCUGAAAUGUAUGUGAAGAGCUACAGCAUCCAGUACAGUGACCAGGGCGUGGAAUGGAAACCCUACAGGCAGAAAUCCUCCAUGGUGGACAAGAUUUUUGAAGGAAAUAGUAAUACCAAAGGACAUGCAAAGAACUUUUUUAACCCACCCAUCAUUUCCAGAUUUAUCCGCAUCAUUCCUAAAACAUGGAACCAAAGUAUUGCGCUUCGCCUGGAACUCUUCGGCUGUGACAUUUACUAGAAUUGAAUACCAAAAGAGGGAAAGAAAGAAUAAAAACUGAAGAAACUUCUUAAGGCCUAAACCAUUUAGAGCAGGCAAUAUAUUAUGGCUAUUUUAAAUGUUAACAAAUUUUCUGCUAGUUUUUUUUUCUAAUAGAGAAUAAAGUAUUAUAUAAGAAGCUUUUACAAUGUUAAUUCAUGGCUGCCAUUAAGCGAGGUGGAAGCUAUUAUUUCUUCACUAUUUUGAAUAUAGAUGGGAAAAUAUUAAGUGCCAGCAAGAAUAUGACUGCAUUUUAUUCUGAUUAAAGAUGUUAUAUAAUAUAAUAGUUAUAUAAUGGAAUAAUAUGGUUCACUGUAAUAGUGCUUUCAAACCCUGUAGACAUUAAUAAAAGAGAUAUUACUUUCAGAAACUAUUCAUAGACCUAGAAAACUUUUAUUCCUAUAUUUUUCUUUUAAAAACAAACUAUAAUUUGUAAACAAUGGAGACUAAAAUAGUUUAGUUUUUUGAGAAUAGAGAAAAAAUCUUGCUGUAAUGAAGUGAGAAUGUAGAAGACCCUGUGUUGAGCUGGCUUCGUGGGCAAACAGAAGAGCUUUCUGGAAAAAUCUGAUGGCUUGAGUUCAGAUACCCAGAGGGGAGGGAGAGAACUGAUUCUGAAAAACUAUCCUCUGAUUUCGCCAUGCAGCUGUGGCACAGGUGUGUGCCCACGCCCACGUCCAAGCACUAACAGUAAAAUAAAAGAUUCUACAAGCCCAUCUUUGUAUGUUACCAUGAGUCUUCUAAUUCUCCACGAGCAAAGACACAACUGAGCAUGUUUCUCACAUUCCAGUUGGACUUGUAAAUCUGCCUUGGCUGUGUUUGGGGCAGGUUGCACCUAUCGAUGUCCAAGGGUACCAGCCACCAGACAUGAAAUAAAGCCCAAAUAACCGAGGGAGACCUGGUCAUGUGCCUUGGUUUGAUCGAAAAGCUGGCACUGUGUCACAUACUGUUUCAAAACUUGGGUUCACCUAAGGGAAGUCACUUACCUGUGAAGAAGAACACAGGGACUGUUGGCACAAGUGUCGCAGUUCCUGUUAGAGCUGCUCCGGGCCAAAUUGGCAAGUGGAUUAAGGUUCCCUCUGUGCCCUUCUUUCUCGUCUCCCCUUGCUCGACCGCUUCUGUUAUCAUGCUUUUCUCUGAAAAUUUGAAAUCUGGUGGUGCUGCACUGCCUGCCAGUCUGUGGAGCCUUUCAAUAUCUACAAAGUCGCAUGGGAUGGACACUCCAUACAAACAGGGUAGUCAUUCAAACAGACAGUCAAAACUGUCUGGUUUCGUGAAAUAAAACACCCCCAAAGCUUAAGCAAGAACUGUGCAAAAUA